GAUUGGACAACCUACACAGUCUAUAUGAUAUUAUAUUUGUUUUCAUCAACUCAUAUCUCUUGGUAGGUUCCACAACUUUAUUGACAGGGGAAACAUUAUUGUUUUCAUGUGAAGCUUUGUUUUAAAUAUUUCUCAAUAUAAAUAUAACUCAAUAUUUGUUAAAGAUAAAUAAUUCUCUUGAAAUUUGUGAAAGUUACCAAAAAAUAUUAUUUAAAUUUAUUCUGAUUAAAUAACAUGACAUAUAAAAAAGAAUGUGUUCCUAUAUAUUUGUUUCAUCAGAAAAUUUUAUUUGUCAGUGAUAAUUUUAUCCUAUUUACAUUAAAAAUAUUCAAUUAUAAAUAUCCUCACUAUUAAAAAUGACAAUGGCCCAUUGCUGGUAUUACAGGACACUGCAGUCCUAAAAGUUGACUUGGCUACCGCAACAAUCGCUUUUGUGAAGGAGACCAGCACAACAUUUCAAUUCACCAAAUAAGAAUUUAAUUUAAAGUGUUAUGGCAAUUUAUCAUUAUCUAAGCUUCUUUUUUUUUAACUCUGUGCCUUGUUUCUAUUCAAGAUGCCACAUGCAUGCCAUUUGCUGUACAUGCUGACAAGGAGGCAAGAUGUCCAGCUCUACAAAGUCCAGAAACUAUUGGAUCUAAUUAAUAAAGUGGUAAAUACUUUCAAACUUGCUCAAAAAGCUGAUGCUGCACAAUCUUCAUCAUUUUGCAAACUGGUGUUUGUAGUCCCCAUUUUGUUUCUAAAUGUUACUUUGGGUUGCUGUGAACGCUGAGGACCGGGUGUCAUUUACUUUAAACUAACCCGAAGAUUUAUAUCCCGGAAUUACUUAAGUGUCUAUUAGAUAGAAAACUACCAUAAUUUUAUCUUAAGUAUAUGUUUGCAUUUCACUUUUCUCUUUUUAAAAUUUUUAUUGUGUUUCGUUGUGGGUUUUUUUUUUGGAGGGGAGGCAAUAAAGAAAUAACAUAGAUAGUUGUAGCAAAUGCAUAGGCCUUUUUUUUUUUGUUUGUUUGUUUUAGAUUUAUUACUUUUUCUUUAUGGCCCAGAACCUGGUCUUAUUGGCUUUUUAACACUGUACAAGGUUUAUUGUCCCCACUUGGUGCCCAUUUUUAAAAUUUUUUUUGUGUUUCGUUGGUGGUUUUUUUUUUGGAGGGGAGGCAAUAAAGAAAUAACAUAGAUAGUUGUAGCAAAUGCAUAGGCCUUUUUUUUUUUUGUUUGUUUGUUUUAGAUUUAUUACUUUUUCUUAAGGGCCCAGAACCUGGUCUUAUUGGCUUAUUAACACUGUACAAGGUUUAUUGCCCCCACUUGGUGCCCAUGAGGCUGGAUCACAAACAUAAGGUAAUAUACUUUAUUGUGUUUAUUCAGAACUGAAUACUUCAAUAAACCAUGGUUUAACUAUUCACUGAUUUGAGAUUUUGAUAGUACAAUAAAAUCAAUAGGCAUGGGCGUAAAAAAAAUAGUUGUUCGAAUAGCCACCGUCACCAUGAGUGCCACCUUUUUUAAGAAUAAUUUCUGUUAAAAGCAAACACCUGGCAGAUACUUUAGCCUAAAUCUUUGCUCAUAUAUCUGGCAAUAAAUUGCUUUAACUACAGUGAAACAAUACUUCCAUCAAAAGGACAUUUUUUACCAUGCCUGCUGUUUGCAUUGUUCUAUGUUGCAGGUGUUUUUCAAAUCUCAUGAUGCUCUAUGGAGGUCUACCAUAGAAGAAAUUGUGAAAAUGCACCAGUCGUCAGAGGAUACAGCAACUCAAGAGAGGACUCUGGCUACCCAGUGUCGUAGAGAGAGAGCAGUGGUCAAGGUUCACUCCUAAUUUUUCACCUUUGAUUUGUAAAUAAUUAAGUUGACCUAUAUUUAGUGCAAAAAUCAACUACCAUAAACUGGAAUCAUAGUUUUCCUCAAAUAAACCUAUUUCCACAUAAUUUAAUGAAAUCGAUGGUGGUGAGAAAUAAUUAUUUUAAACAAAAGAGAUUACCUCACUAGCUGCUAAUUGUUGAGCCACCCUUUUCCAAUGUAUUAUUCAAAAAUUUAAUCUUAAAGAGACCACAUAAUUUUCAAUGUUGAAGUAAUUUGUAAUCUAUAGAUCCUUCAGAAUCUUAAUAACAUAAAGCAAACUAUGUAAUUUUAAAGAAUUAUACAAAUUAAUAUUAGUGCAAUUAAAACAUUAAAAUUAAGUUUGGCUUUACAAUUUGUUAUACCAUCUACAUCUGGGAAUCUUAAUGGUGCAUACUCAUUGUACUGGAGACAGCCACUGAUAUAUUUCAGAGAUAAGCGCAUUGUGGCAAAAAGAUACUAGUAUUCAGCUUGUUUAGUUCAUUUUUUUUUUUCAAUCUUAAACUCGUUUUUGUGUUUUAUUACCAUCAGAAUCCAAACAGUUCAGGUUAGUGGGCCACCAGACCUAUGUAUUUGCACACUGCUCCUAGUUUUGUAUGUCUGCAGUAAACAUCUGCAACAUGAGUCAAGGAUUUAAUUUGGUAUUUUGUCCUUCCUCAGCGAGGCGCAAAGAGACAGAAAUUGUUUAUACCAGAAUCACACUCUGCUGCCGAUGAGAUCGCAGAAGAAAAAGACACAGAGACUGCAGUUUUCUCAAUGUUUGAUGGGGGUGUUCCCUACCCUCAAAUUGAUUCUUUUGCAGAAUUUCUUGACAAGCUCGACAGAAUUGAGGUGAGCUGUUUUUUUUACAGAUAUUAAAACAAAAAAUUUCCAAAUAUUUUUCAGCAUCCAUCUCACCUAAAGGGACAGUGGUGGCAAAUAUCUACCUGGACCUCUCCGAGUGGCUGCAGAAACUGAACCUGGAGAGAAAUUCUCUCUUUUAAUGACCCGUUGGAUUUCUGUCUAUUGUGUGCAUUUUUAACAGCGUUUUUAAGCUUUUAUGUUUAAAAAAAUUAUUUUAGCAAAUUUAGAAUAGAAUACAAGUUGUUCAGAUUUAUGGGCAUUAGAAUAUACUUAACCAUAGUUUAUCUGCUGAACUGUCCACCAUGUUGUCUGCCUCCCCAGUACCCAAGUCAAAUAGCUGCAGCUUUCAAGGACAAGCGCCUUCAGCUGCUGCUGUCCUGCCACCCUGAUCCAGUUGUGUUAGCCCGCCUGGGGUUUUGGCUACAGCAUUUCUUUACCUUUGGUAAGUGUUGAUAAUGUAAACAUUAAACAAGAAAUAAUUUUUGGAUUUUAAAAUGAAUGACAAAAAAUAACAGUUCAUUAGCUAAGAGUAAUGUUUUUUUGUUUGAAUAUACGUUAGUUGUUCAUUAGAGUUUCUGUACGUCACUUAUUUUAACUGAAUACAUGUGAAUCAUUGCAUAUUGUCUAAUUUUUGCAAUCCAUGACAAAAUGUUUAAAAAAUUGAAAAUUUUCAAUGCAUUUUGCUGAAAGUUCUAAUAUUUAUCGCAUAGCUAUGAAAUAGGAUCAUUGAAUAUAGUUUUUAGAAUCUGAUAAUUAAAUUGUGUACUUUUUGCAAUCCGUGACAAAAAAUGUUUUAAAAUUGACACCUGUAAUUGCCUUCUGCAGAAUAGAAACUUCAAGCUAAAUCUGAUUCUGAAAAUGCUAGGAAACAUUUUAAAUGAUUGUAGCAAUAUUUUGAUUGAGUCACAACCAAGUGUGACUGAUGGUUUCUAACCUCACACAAUCAGCAUCCUUCCUAAUUUUAUUUCCGAUAUGUUCUGUCACAUUGAUUUUUUUUAACUGUCUUCUACACAAAUUAGUUCCGUCACAUUAUUUUCUUGAACUGUCUUCCACGCAACUUUGUUCUGCCACAUUAUUUUAUUGAACUGUCUUCUACACCCCUAAGAUUUCAAAAGUGCAGAUGUUGACCAUGAAAGAAAAGAGCAACUCCUGCAACUGCUUCUGGAGUUUUCUCAACAUUUUCAGGUACUGUGACUCAAAUGUGAUUACUCAAAACUAAUGAGACACAAGUAGGAUGAAGUGGGGGGUUGGGGGGGGGGUCAUCCUUUAUUUCACAAUGUAGCAAAAAACGGUUGAGAAAACAUCACCCUGCUUCAUUCUACUUUCUAUAUUUUAACUCUUAUUUUUUACCACAUUCCAAUAGCUCUGCUCUAACCUCUGCUACAAAAUUAUUAUUUUUUUUAAAAGCUGUAUUUGGUGUUUGGAAAAUGCUUUUGAAUUUUCAAUUUUUAAUAUAAAAAAUAUUGAGUUGUAACUAAUGCUUUGUUUACUUCUAAUCUAUAGACCAGUCCUGUACAACUCAAAAUGUUAGGUGGGCCAUAAUACUUUAUGAAAAACUUGUGGGGGCGGAAAGGAAAUAGGACAGGGGGAAAGCGAUUAAGAAAAUAAUAAUUAGAAGGAAUAUUUCGUUACUUCGUGGGCGCAAAGUGGGUGUUGGUGGGCCACAUGUGGCCCGUGGGUCGUAUGUUGUGCAUGCCUGAAAUAGAGUAAUCAAGAAGGCUAGUAACAUUACACAAAGUAAACAUCCUUCCUUUGAAAGACUUUGAAUAGAAAUACUGGUGUAAAACUAAGAAAAGUUUGGGAUGAUACAACCCACCCUCUUCAUCGCCAAUACUUAAAAUCAUCUCGAUCAGGGUGAAUUCUUUCUAUUAAGGUUAAGACUGAAAGAUAUACAAAUUCUUUUGUUCCACAGUCUGUAUGAAUUUACCAGCUUGCUCCCCCAGCAAUUACCAAAUCUAAAUGAUCACUAAUUAAGUCAUUAUUGUUACUAAUGGAGUUUCAUAUAUGACUGAUUUCUAGUAGAUCUCUACGCUAGAGAAAUACUUUAGACGUCUUGUGUUUAAAUUGUUAUAAUUGUAAAAUGUUAUCUUGGUUAAAAUAUAUUUGUUUAUGUUAUGCAAAUGAAUAUGUGCAAUGUAAUGACAAAACAUUUCAGUUCAUUUGGAUCAAUGAGAAUCUUAUUUAACUGUAAAUAAUUGACUUAUUGCUUGUAUUUUAAUGCUUUUAGAUCAACUUAUAAGUUAUGCAAACGCCCUUUAAAAAAUUGGGUCGUUCAAUGCUUAAUUAGAUACAGCUCUGUAUAUACUGUUUGAAAGCAGUUCAUGCUGGUAAUGUGUGUGUCUCUCAAAGGAAGAUCAAGUAUUUCUUGUUAUCUAUAUAUGUCUUUUCAUUUAUGUCAUAUUGUUGGUUUCAUGUCCUCCAGAUUCCUGUGGUGCAAGAGUUCUUAGAAAGUUAUCUGCCCUCUUGGGAUGGACUGAACUUUGUCACUGCAAUAUUUUCCCUCAUCCCCUAUGUACAACCAUCUUCUUUUCAAGGUUUGUAAAAUUGCUAAAAAUUGUAAUUAAACUGUUGAGAGCAGCGGUUAUCAACCUGUUGGUGGUGACCCCCUUUGGGGGUCGAACGGCCCUUAUACAAGGGUUGCCUAAGACCAUCAAAAACACGUAUUUAUGAAGUAGCCAUGAAAAUAAUUUUAUUGUUGUGAGUCACCACAACAUGAGAAAUUGUAUUAAAGGGUCGCAGCAUUAGGGAGUUUACGAAUCACUGUGUUAGAGUAACACAUUUCAUAUCUCAUCUCUGUAAUUUUCUAAAUGUUUGAGCCAGGUUUUUCCUCAAAGAUCAUAGGAGACUCUGAAAACUGGAUAACCAGUCCAUUCAAACAGUGCUAAAAACUGGAUAACCAGUCCAUUCAAACAGUGCUAAAAACUGGAUAACCAGUCCAUUCAAACAGUGCUAAAAACUGGAUAACCAGUCCAUUCAAACAGUGCUAAAAACUGGAUAACCAGUCCAUUCAAACAGUGCUAAAAACAUAAAUUUUAUUAAAAUAUGGCUAAAGAAAAGUCCUUAGUACGCUAGGUGAACUUUAUUUUGGAAUGAUGGACUAAUUAGUCUAGGUUGAAAAUUCUGAACAAGCUAAUCCAUAAUUUGCAUUAACCAAUACAACCUUUAUCAAAUGAACUGGUCUCUAUUCAUGAAUGUUCAUGAAUUAGCACUGAAGAAUGUUAUGUAUCAUUCUAUCAUAACUGUCAGUAUUGAGUUGUGUUUACAUUAAUAUAUGCCUUUAAGUAUAAUUUGAUUUUAUCCCCAAAACAGAACUGCGUAACAUCUUGGAUCCACUUCAAAAACUUUUUUUUACAUCAGAUGUUUAUUUCAAGGUAAAGCUAUUGUUAUUUUUAUGCUUAAUGGAUUAUCAAAUCUAAUGUAACAACUUCAAAAUCAUUUGCCGUUUCGGAUGAAAAAUUUUACUGAAGCUUUUUGUAAACCAGUUAAUGGGGUCAAGGCUUGUGUUGUAGUAGAAGUAAUGUAGCUAAAUGACUGAAUAUCACUGCACUGACAAAACCUGCUUUUGGUAAUAUUUGAGAUCUAGGACCUGUUAGAAAUGUACAUGCUUUAAUUCUUCUUCAAAGAUGAGCUAUUUUUAGAGCUUUAUUUAUCAUUUAGCUUUAUUCAGAAAUCUAAUGCGAAUGCAAUUUUCCUUGAUUGUGGCUUAGAGCAACAUUAAUAAUAAUUUGCAUAUGGGUACAGACUUUAAAAAAAAAAUUCUGUGACACUGUUCUUGUUUUCAAUAAAUUAAUUAAAUGAUUGAACACUUAUUGUAACGGACUAUGUUUUCACAUGUAAACAGAGAGGUAGCAUGAGUGGACAGUGAGUGUGUUCACCAGGUUUUUCCACGGGGAGAGACAAUCAAUGUGUAUUGUAUUUUUGAGAACAAAUGUGAACUCCACGUUUUUGGAGAGUAAAAUUAUGUUUUUGUCAGAGCGGUUGUUUUGCACGCUUUGCUGGUAAUAAAGUAUGAGUUGACUGAGAUAAGGAGAGCUGAAUUUUGUCAGAGCGGUUGUUUUGCACGCUUUGCUGGUAAUAAAGUAUGAGUUGACUGAGAUAAGGAGAGCUGAGCGCAGAGCAGUAGAGUCAGUCAGUAGCGUGAGAGCUGUGUGAUUAGACAGUUGAGCUGAGUUAUAGUAGUCUGAGGACGUGUCUUUCUUAAUGAUGGAAUACUAUAGAUAUAUAUGUGAAAUUACAUUCAUGCAAGGAUUAUUUAUUAAUAUUAUCAAUAUAAAGUGUGUUCAAUAAAGUACUGUGAGUUUUAACUAGAAUUGAGUAUUCUUCUUUACGUGCCUGAAUAAUAAGUGAAAGAAUGAAGAAGACUGAGUCGGCAUCCUGAAGCGUUAAUAUAAGUAACCAUACUACUGACAUAACCCACAGCAUAAGAAAUAACAUCCCACGCCAUGUCAGAGUAGAAGUGUGUUACACUUAUUCCCCAAAAUUGUUGUUUAUUUUAUUCUCAGGCAGAAUACAUCUGGAUGUUCACAUCACUGUAUACUUAAAUAAAUCAUUAGUUUCAGUUCAUGUCAGACAUGACCUACUUACCAGGGAUGAAAUUAAAGAAAAACUUCAUUUUUUAAAACAAAUUUCUGAAUGAUUAGAAAGUUUUUUUGAUACAGAUAUUCUAUCUUAAAUGGCUUGGAGGCGUAAGGAGGGUGGGGGGUGGAGGGUCAUUUGUAUGAUCUCAUAAUGAGUGUGCCUAAAUUGACGUGAUGCAAUGUGUGAUUUGGAAUAUAAUAAUCAUAUUUAUUUGGCUCCCUAUGCUUGAAGCAACUAUAAAGAUAUCACAAGUGUUACCUAAAUAUGGAUGAUAACGUUCAUGCAGUGUGUCUUAUUUUCACAGGCAAUGUUCAUCACUAGUCUGACAAAGCUGGCCAGCAAUUGGGUCCUUGCCCACCGUGGGCCAGUUGUAACUGCUUCAGAACAGGAACACCACACAAGGUAAACAAUGAAUUAAUGAUACCAUCAUUUAAACUGCCUGAUCUCACUUUCAACUCUCUGUCAAUUUAAAAAAAAGUUAGUUAAAUUCUAAUCAAUUGAUGGGAUUUUAUGUAUUUUUUUAGUUAUUUAAUUUUACAUUCUGUGCAUGUCAAAUGUUGAAAAUAACAUUAAUGGUCUUGCUUCUUUUGGCCAAAUAGAUAUUAAAUAUCAAAAUGAAAUAUAUUUUUCGGCAUCAUUAUACUUUUUGACUAAUAGUGAAAUUUUAUAAAAAAAUUAUUUGAGCAGUAACACUUGAGGAGUAGUGGAUAAUGAGUUGGCUUGGUAAAAGUUCUGUGUUAUGAAAGGCCUUGUGGUGGUAUAUUUUAUCUUUAACAUUUCCUCCGUUUCUGUUUUAUUCACAAGUGUGAACUUAUAAACAAUUUUGAUGUCACAAUAAUCAUGCUCCGAUUGCUGCAUGUGGAAAUUUAAAAAAAACAAAAACAUUUGACUUCUGUCAACACUUGAAACAGGACAUGGCCUGAGCUACUAAGUUUGUCUGGCAUUUAAAUUUGAAAAACAAAUGAAAAAUAGGAAGCUUUAAUUUUUUGUUUUUUUGUUUGUUUAUAAGUGUUAGUGUUAAAGUGAAUAUAUAGCUACCUUUUUACAAACCCAUUUUAAAAAACUGAUCAAAUUUAGAGACUAUCAAAAAGUUUUUAUAUGCUUAACAUAAUUAUGCGCAAUUUAAUCAAAAUAAUAUUGUCUGAUCUUAAUACUUCAAUACAUAAAAAUAAUAGUUUCGUAAUCAGGUGUUAAAAAAAUAUUGAUUUUCUCCUCAAUUGCAGUUUUUACUUAUAGAUGAACUCAAUUUUUAAGACUGCCAUUAUUUUCUUUGUUUUUUUUUUUCUUUUUUGAAAGUGUGAAUGCAGACAGUGUAGUUGGUGUGUCGAGAGUUGUGACCGAUGUCCAAACGGGGAAGACGGCGGCGGUUGAUCCCAGGGGGACAGGGAGUAGAAAUUCAGGCAGGGUCGAGUCCGAAGAGCGUAUACAAACCAUCCUGUUACAUCUGAUGAACUACUUGGAUAAUGUUAUUGUCGUCGGCAUGCGAAUGGAGGAGGAUCAUUACCUUUUGCAGACCACAACACUCGAUCUCCUUGAAUUGGUGAGCUCUCAUUUAUUUUACUUGUAUCUCAACACUCGAUCUUCUUGACUUGGUGAGCUCUCGUUUAUUUUACAUAUAUCACAACGCUAGAUCUCCUUGACUUGGUGAGCUCUGUUUAAUUCUUGAUUUUAUAUCACAACACUCAAUCUCCUUGACUUUGUGAACUACGAUUCAUUUUUCAUACAUCACAGAUAUUUUUUCAACCGUACUAUAAACCAUGUUCACACGUGUCUCCUGAAACAGCUCACAAUUGUCAACCAUACAUUGUCCCGGCUAAGCUAGUUCACCCACAGGUAGAAGAUGCUAUUUUCCUCAUGGGGGAGAUGAAUUGUCCACUGUCCAGUUGGUUUCCAUCAAUUAUUUAAUGAUGUUCUAAUCAUAUGAAAUACACAUGACUUAUUGUUUUCUCAGUAAAUGAUAGUAGACCGGCCUUUCCCUUCCCUGUGUUUAACCUUAUGUUCAGGGGUAUUUCGAGGUCAGGGAGAUGCCAAAGCUGAUGCCCGCUGAGUUUACCUUUGUGGUGUGUGCAUAGUUCUGUUAUUCUUAAGCCACCUGUUUGUACUAAUGUAACCAAUCUUAAGUACAAAAUAAAGGUUCCCUUCACUUAGGUUUUUGUCCAAUGCAGUGGUUCUCAAUCAACCUGUGGGUUGCGACCCCUUUGGGGGUCGCAUGACCCUUUCACAGGGGUCCGAAAACACAUAUACUUUACAGUUAUAUGGUAUCAACAAAAAUAAUUUUGUGGUUGGGAUCACCACAACAUUAGGAACAGUAUUAAAGAGUCGCUGCAUUAGAAGGUUGAGAACCACUGGUCCAAUGUACUCUGAUAAUGAUAGCCAACCUUGCUCCAUGUAUGUUUGUGAAAAUUAAUAAUUCAUCAUUUUGUCUCCAAAUUUUUUUUUUUUUACACACAGAUAUCCACGAUGUUACAAAAGUUCGGGAUACCGCUCCUGAGCCUUCCUCUCCAGGUGAUUCAUCGCCUGAUGUUGUCGGACUGUCCCGCCACUCUGGCCAGGCUGUGUAAAGUCAUUAACUCGUAAGUAACUUCCGCUGAGGAGUCCUAGUGAUUUGUGUGCUGAUAAAGGGAUACUUGGACUGUGAGAAAUGCAGGAACGGCACAUUCAGUCCCUUGCACAGAAGUCAUCAUUUGCGUAGUGUGCACUGAUGCACGGAAAAUGUUGAUUGUUCUGGGUGGCUGAUGGAAUUUCUUUAGUUUUAAUGUUGUAGAUAUCACUGACGAGAAUGAAGCGUGGAUUUCUACUGGCUUUUGGGGUCUAGGAGUGUAAGAUGAUGCAACUGAACUCACUGAACUUAACUGUCUUCAUCAGGCCAACAAACAAACAUUUAUUUAAUUAACAAAACAUCAGAUGAAUAGACUAAUAGAAAAUACUUUCUGUCCUAAAUAACACUAAGCUAAAACGUAGUAUCCGAGAGGACCGCAAGAGGAAUGCGGUUUGCUCUUGUUGUCUUCUUGCAUACUACAUUUCAGCAGUUAUUUCGGGGUUUCCCAUUUCGCUCAUCUCCAUUUUUCUAACCUGAUGGCAGUCUCCCCCCCCCUAUAUUUGACACCAAUAUACCAACAUAUAUAUUUAUAUUACUUUUGUGGAAUUUAAACAGUUACCCAACAAGCCUGUGCACCUGGUCCUGGGUGUCUAUUCAUGUAGUUGCAAAGCAUUCAUUUGAGAAUGUCCAAGACUCUGUCAUCCCAAUUUUGACAUUACACACUGCUCUCUGAUAUUUUACAACCUGCCCAUGUUCUCUUCCCCCCCCCCCCCCCCCCUAUUGAUAUCCCUUUGUUUUUUAUUUAUUACUUCACUCUUUAAUCAUUGUGACACAUUACACACAUCGCAAAUGAGGAUUCUCAUUUGUAAUAUUAAAAAAAAUCAUCUUGACUAUGGGUAAAGUGUUUUUUUUUUUUUUUACUUAGAGGUGUUUAUUUUAUAUUGAUUACAACAUGACCAGGUGUGAACGUUCUUACUUCCAUUUAAAAAAAAUCAUCUUGACUAUGGGUAAAGUGUUGUUUUUAUUUACAUAGAGGUGUUUAUUUUAUAUUGAUUACAACAUGACCAGGUGUGAACGUUCUUACUUCCACUUAAAAAAAAUUCUCUUAUAUCAUUUGCUCACUACACUGUAUGUACUUUUUCUGACAGGUAUCGUGCAGCCUACAAUACAUCAAAGACAUGUAGAAACGUUUUGAACAAACCCAUAUUGUCUUCAGUCAGCACGGACGCUGGUCAGGAUUGUUUUCCAAGGCAUUUCAACGGACUGCUGCUGGACGUUCUUGGGAUGCUCUGGCAAGGUUUGGUGAAAAUAAGUUGUUGGUUUUUUUUUUUUGGGGUGGGUGGGGGUUCAACAUUUUAAAUAAUGCAUUGUUCUGAUUACUUCACUGUGGCUGCUCUUAUUUAGCCAACGGUUUUUCUGAUUGCCCCUUUAUUACUCCUCUUAUUUAGCCAACGGUUGUUCUGAUUGCCCAUUUAUUACUCUUCUUAUUUAGCUAAUUUUGAUUAGCUCUGAUUAAUUUACCAUGGCUCCUCUUAGUUAGCUGACGGUUUUUUUUUUUAGUUCUACUGUCAUUAAUGUGAGGAACUAAUACCUCAUUGUCACUAUUAUUUCUAUACCUAUGUUUACCACCUUGUUCACCAGUGCGUAACUGAAUCUGUUUAUAAUAUUAACUUUAGUAAUGAAUGCUCAGGAUGGUUGUCUGGUCUAAACUGAGUUGAUACCAAACUUGCUGAUUGGAGGAGAUGGGCAGUCUGGCAAUGAAAAGUCUGCUUUUUGUGCCAACCUGUAACAUCCUCCAAAUAAACAUCCAAUGUCUUUUGAUUACAUCCUGCAAAGUGUGCACCAGAAGUCUGCACCAUUGUCACAGUUGUUAUGACUGAUGGUUUCUAACCUGCACCAUCGGCAUCCUUCCUAAUUUUAUUUCCGAUUUGUUCUGUCCCAUUAUUUUAUUGGAAUUGUCGUCUACACAACUUUGUUCUGUCACAUUAUCUUCUGACAUUUUAACUUGAAUCCAAUCUAAUCCGAUCAAGGACGCAUGUUCCAAGGCAGGAGGCAGACCUAUGAGUCCAUCUUCCAACUGAAACCUUCACCUCGACUCGAGGGCGUUUUGAACGACAGAGCCCUGACCAUAUACACAGGGCCAGCGUUUGUUGGCUUUGCUUACAAGUUUUUAAAAGAGGUGAGGCGCAUCGUUAUGGCGGCCCUUUAGAUCAAAUUAAGGCACUGCUCAAAGGCGAACAAAUUUUAUUUGAUGUUUGAGCAGCUAAAGAGGGUAAAGGCGUAAGUUUACCAAUGUCUCAUUUUUUUAUAAAUAUUUACCUUUCAGCCAGUGGGCCGUGAAUAUUUUUAGUACUCUGAAAAAUUACUUUUUCAUAACAACACAACCACCCCCCCCCAACCCACCCCACCCCCCGUUUCUUUUCCAAUGGCAUCUCAUUCAUUUUCAGAAUACUUCUCCUCUCGCCCUCUACACAAUUUAAUUAAUUUUCUCUAUCUUUUGCUUUCAGACUCAGAAAGAUGAUAAAAAAAAAAUCCAUCCAUUUCAAAUAGAGGUACGUGCUCUGAGCUUGAUACUGGAUUAUUCAUUACCAUUUUUCUGACCUUAUCACUAUCAUCGUUCAGAUGCCGCGGUUCCUUUGGGCAUGUGCCCUUCGGCAUGCGGUCAUAGUGAAGAAUUUACACCCCCUCCGCAGCUGUUCUUUGUUGAUAUAUAGUGUUUUGGCGCAGUCUGGUACUUUUGGUAGAUAGUUUUGUAAACAAAAAUAAUGAUAAUUGAAAAUACAUGCAUGUUGAUGUCUAAUAAACAUUAGAAUAUAAUUUCUAACAAAAUUUAGUUGCAAUCAUUAACUCAUUACUGAGGUUCGUAAUACUUCCGUACUUAAUUUACAUUCCUGAGAAAGGGAAGUAACUCCAUUGAUUUAGAUUAUUUGAAAAAUAUUUUUUUUAAGCAGCUUAAUAUUAAGUAAUAUUAAUGUACUAAGGAUGAAUGCAUCCAGAAAGGAAUUAGGUUCAAUAGAAAUAUAACAUAAAUGGUGAACAAAUAACGGGCAAUGACCAGGAAAAAAUCUAUUUUUGGCACCUCGGAUGAACGCAUGCUAGUUAGAAGCGCACCAUAAAGAAGCACAGAUUUGAAAGUGAGGCACAAUAAAAAAAAACCUUUCAGUUUUUAGAUUUCUAUCACUCCUAAUCAUAUAAUAAAAAAAACCUUUCAGUUUUUAGAUUUCUAUCACUCCUAAUCAUAUAAUAAAAAAAAAACCUUUCAGUUUUUAGAUUUCUAUCACUUCUUAUCAUAUAAUAUAAAAAAAAGUUUCAGUUUUUAGAUUUCUAUCACUCCUAAUCAUAUAAUAAAAAAAAAACCUUUCAGUUUUUAGAUUUCUAUCACUUCUUAUCAUAUAAUAUAAAAAAAAGUUUCAGUUUUUAGAUUUCUAUCACUUCUUAUCAUAUAAUAUAAAAAAAAUUUCAGUUUUUAGAUUUCUAUCACUUCUUAUCAUAUAAUAUAAAAAAAAGUUUCAGUUUUUAGAUUUCUAUCACUCCUAAUCAUAUAAUUAAAAAAAAACCUUUCAGUUUUUAGAUUUCUAUCACUCAUAAUCAUAUAAUAAAAAAAAAAACUUUCAGUUUUUAGAUUUCUAUCACUCCUAAUCAUAUAAUAAAAAAAUUUUUUUUCAGUUUUUAGAUUUCUAUCACUCCUAAUCAUAUAAUAAAAAAAACCUUUCAGUUUUUAGAUUUCUAUCACUCCUAAUCACGCCAUCACUGUAAGUCAAGGGACGCAAGAUUUUACUGCUAUAUUUAAAUAAAAAAUGAGAGAGGUGUGUCGCUAUGUUCGGGGACGCAUUUGGACAAGUCUGUCUGAACACCCGAAUGACGCACUGAGUCGCUACUGUCGGGAAAGAGUAAAGUAACACACCCCCCACCCCCGUUAACAAAGGACCAGUGACUGUUGUUCUUGUAGUGAUAAUCCACUCUUUGCUCACUCCGCCUUUUUUCCUUUUUAGGAAUGGAAAGAUAACUACUUGCUGUUCCUUGAGAAAGAAAACUUCCCAGAGUUCAAAGACCUGGUCUUUGCCAACACAAAGAGCCAUAAGAAGCUGUAGAUUAUGUGCUGGCUGGCCAUCCCUGGCAGAGAUGCAGUACAUCACUGUCACUUUAAGACUGUUGGAAACUUUCAGAAUAUUGAUUUUCAACAGCAAAUCAUUUAGCCCUGUACCAGCAAUUGAGACUAAGAGUGAGAGAUUGGAUGCUGUUGACUUUCUGCUGUGUUUGAGUGGACCAAGUUUUCCAUAACUCUUUCUAUUUGCUUUUCUGAAACUCUUGAUGACAAAACAACACAUAAUAUAUAAAGGGCAC